AUGACAAAGGAGACGCCAAGGAAGACCACAAGACAGAAGGCGAACGAAAGUGCACGAAUCCGUGCUGUGUAUUCUUCGGUUUCGCGUGACUUGGUGCCGCACAUUCAUUAUCGUAAACGUCAUCCUGUCAACACUGCAGAAGGGUUUUCAUCUCGAGACAAAGCCCUCGUGGUCCUGUGCUCGGAACUCGCGCUGCUUGCGUUAACUCACUCGCUCUUGCACUUCGACAAAGUCACGGCAGCUGAGCUAGACCUCGAUCCAGAUGCUGGGAAGUCCACUGUUGAGCUCGUUCAAGCGCGUGGCUACGUAGUGGAGAUGCACAAUGUCACGACAAUAGAUGGAUACAUCCUCUCCAUGCAUCGCUUACCAACGUCGUACAGAGAAAGCCAAGCAGAUGCCACCGACAACGACAAGGCAGACCGAAACAAACUAGCUGUUUUCGUCCAGCAUGAAAUGGUGGCCAGUAGUUUCGCAUGGGUGUGCGACUCCCGGAACCACAGUCUCGCCUAUGUGCUUGCUGAUGCUGGCCACGAUGUCUGGCUUGGGAAUAAUCGCGGCAAUACGUACUCGUCCAGCCACGUUAAGUACACGACCAAAGACACUGCGUUCUGGGCCUUUUGUGGGAAGACAUGGGCAAGUUUGACAUGCCAGCAACGCUCAACUAUGCUCUGGAGACGUCGGGACGGGAGACACUGGCUCUUGUAG